UGGCGUUGAACGUCCUGAUUACUAGGGUUCAUGACUUGACCCAUAGUUAUUCAUCCUGUAAUUCAAUUAAACUUAACAUAACCUAAAAUUUGAAAAUUACUUUUAUUUUGAUAAUUUAUCAUAAUAUGAUAUAAUUUUAGGCAGUAAAUAAGGUUUAAAAGUAAAAGUAAGGCAACCAAGAAACCGAAAUAAUGUCCGGACACACUGAUAAAGCCCUUAACAUCCUAAGAAUGCUUCCUAGAGUGUCUUUAGCUAACAUACGAGAUAACCCUGGAUCCAAAUUGGGUCCAAAACGAGGUAGGGGACAGCAUGGGGGUACCAAACAUGGACAUGGUAACAAGGGUUCGGGUCAAAGGCAAAAUUUUAUGCGGAUUGGUUAUGAGACAGGAAAUACCCCUUUUUACAUGCGUUUUAUUAAAGAGCAGUAUUAUAAAGGACACCAUCUUAAACGUGAAUAUCCCCCCUUAUCCAUGCUUGACUUACAAACAAUGAUUGACCUUAACCGAGUUGACAGCACCAAACCAGUAGACCUAGUCUCAAUAAUUAAUACUGGUGUCUACAACAUGUCCGUCGACCAAAACCACUUUGGCAUAAAUUUAACUGACGAAGGAGCAGACAUAUUCAAUGCCAAAAUAAACCUGGAAGUACAAUGGGCCAGCGAAUUGGUAAUUGCGGCAGUAGAAAGGUGCGGAGGAGUGAUCACUACGGCAUAUUACGAUCCUCACUGCUUGCAAGCCAUGUGUGAUACUAAAAGAUUCUUUGAGAGGGGUAUUCCUAUUCCUAGACGCAUGAUACCACCACCGGAUGCGAUAGAAUACUACUCGAGUGCAAAGAAUAGGGGAUAUUUAGCUGAUCCGGAAGAGGUUUCUAAAGAAAGGCUUGUUUUGGCACAGAAGUACGGUUAUGAACUGCCAAAGAUUGAGGAGGACCCUGAAUAUGAGAUGUUAUCUGAGAGGAAAGAUCCCAGGCAGAUUUUCUUUGGUUUACAUCCUGGAUGGGUGGUAAAUUUGAAAGAUAAAGUGAUUUUGAAGCCUAAGGAUGAGGAGCUACUGCAAUAUUAUGCUUCCUAAGAAUAAUAAUGUGUUGUUUAGUGUAGAGGUAAUUUUUGUAAUAUAUUGAACUAUACUAUGGAA